UCAGAUCGUGUUAAUUCUCACCCAGGCGUCCCCGCUGUUCGUGGCACGUCUGCUGAUGCUGGAGCUGGAGAGCAUGACGUAGCAGUAGGAGGUGCUCCCUCAGCCUCCUGCCUUCCAAUGGUGAUGUAUAAAGAGCCAUUGAGACCUCGUCUACUGACCAUCAUACCACCAAACAACACACGCUCUACACACUCAACCACUUCACCAACAUUUCAACAAUACACCACCGAGAUACAUACUACCAAAUACAUCAACACACAACAUGACCGGCGCAAUGGAGAAGAUCAAGGCUAAGGUCGAGAACGUCCUUCACAAGGACAAGGACACCACCCACGACACCACACACACUGGUACCACCGGCACCCACACUGGCACCACCGGUACUCACACCACGGGCUCUGGUCUGACCGGCUCUACACACAACGACCCCACUGGUCCUCACAGCUCGCACACUGCCAACAAGGCUGACCCUCGUGUCGACUCUGACCGUCUCGGCACCGCAGGUAACACUGCUGGUGCCGGUGGUGUUGGCGCUGGACAAUAUGGUACUACAGGCAGCGGUUUGACCGGCUCGAACACCUAUGGCUCGAACACUCACGGCACCACUGGCUCCGGCCUGACUGGUCACAGCACUACUCGCGGCAGCGACCCCACCGGUCCUCACGACUCCAAGCUUGCCAACAAGCUCGACCCCCGUGUUGACUCCGACCGCGUUGGCCCCGCCGGCAACUCUUCAAGCGUUGGUGGAAUUGGCAACGAGACUCACACCUCAGGUGCCGGCUUGACCCACAGCAGCCACGGAAACAUUGGCAGCGGCCUCACUGGCUCACACGGAACCACCACAGGCAGUGGUUUGACCGGCUCGAACACCUACGGCUCGAACACUCACGGCACCACUGGCUCCGGCCUGACUGGUCACAGCACUACUCGCGGCAGCGACCCCACCGGUCCUCACGACUCCAAGCUUGCCAACAAGGCUGACCCCCGUGUCGACUCUGACCGCUACGGCUCGGCUGGCAACACUUCUGGCGCUGGCGGAGUUGGUGCUGGUCAGUACGGCUCCACUGGCACUCACACCGGCUCAGGAUUGACUGGUUCUUCUCACACCAGCAGCCACACGGGCUCUCACAUCGGAUCUGACCCCACUGGUCCUCACAACAGCCACCUCGCCAACAAGGCCGACCCCCGUGUCGACUCGGACCGCUACGGUACCGCUGGCAACACCUCCGGUGCUGGUGGCUAUGGUGCUGGCCAGUAUGGUAGCUCUGGCACUCACACUGGUUCUGGCCUGACUGGCCAAAACACCACUGGCUCUGGUCUGACUGGUACUCACGGUACUCACGGCACCACCGGCUCAGGCCUCACUGGUACUCACGGUAGCUCCGGCUACUCUGACCCCUCUGGUCCUCACGACUCCCGCCUCACCAACAAGGCUGAUCCCCGUGUCGACUCUGACCGAUUCGGUGGCCAAGGUAACACCUACGGUACUACGCAGGGCUCCGGUCUGACCGGUACCAACCACCCCGGCCACGUUGGCAACCAGGACGCCAAUAAGACUGCUGGACCUCACGGCUCCAACCUCCUCAACAAGCUUGACCCCCGCGUCGACUCUGACCUCGAUGGUUCCAAGACCACCGGUGGUGACCGUACCUACGGUUAAGCGACUCGUUUGAGGAUGAGUGCAGCUGGAGGGACGGAAUGGAACGAACGAUGAUAUGAUAUCCCCAUAAUACGAUAGUAGUUAGUAUGUGGUUUAAUGAAUUUCAAUAAUGAACUUCAAAAUUUCAAAAUACACUUCGUAGUUAGUAGUGACCAAUGCUCCUUAUCCCACUGGAAGAAAGACCUAUGCCUAACCGGUUGGCGUCCGAGAGAAGGCGGACGGGCUUGAUGUGCCUCUAACACAAACGAUGGGUCCGGAUCGCUUUUCACCUCUACUUCGUGAACAAACGUUAGCCAGAGCAUAACUUGCGUUCCAA